AAAAAAUGCCCCGCGAUCGAACCCCUGCACCACGAAAAAAAAAGCCCUUGCAGUGACUCAAUUCGGUGUACCCCGCGGUCCUCAAGUCGCAUAAAUAUUUGGACUUCAUUCAUCCCACUUUCCGGGCCAGAGAUCCUACAUUGUUCAACGGUCAGCAAAUACCCGACCAUGGCGGACUCUAGCACUCCUCCCACCGACGCGGUGGCCAACUUGCACCUCGACGAGGUCACUGGCGAGCGAAUCUCCAAGACGGAGCUCAAGAAGCGCCAGAAGCAGCGCGAGAAGGAGGCCAAGAAACAGGAGAAGGCCGCCGCUGCCCCUCCCAAGCCCGUCGCCGCUAAGAAGACCAGCGCCGAGGAUGAAGAGAAGGAACUCACCCCGAACCAAUACUUCGAGAUCCGCUCCCGCGCCAUCACCAAGUUGAUCGAGACCAAGGAGCCCUACCCGUACCCCCACAAGUUCCACGCCAACUACGACAUCCGGAACUUCGUCACCGAAUAUGGCCACCUCAAGUCGGGCGAACAUGCCAAGGACAAGGAGAUCAGGGUCAUGGCAAGAAUGUACGGCAAGCGCGCCGCUGGUACCAAGCUGUUGUUCUACGACCUCCGCGAUGAGGGCGUCAGGUUCCAGGCCAUGUGCCAGGCUCAGGAGGUCCGCGAGGGCGCGCCUGCAUUCGAGAAGCAGCACGAGCAUCUGCGACGAGGCGAUGUCAUUGGUAUUAUUGGGUACCCGGGACGGACAGCCCCCAAGUCCAAGCUCGAGAAGGGAGAGGAGGGAGAACUCUCAGUCUUCGCUACGGAAGUCGUUCUUCUGACGCCCUGUCUGCAUCAGCUGCCCGACGAGUACUACGGUCUUAAGGAUCAGGAGGUACGACAUCGGAAGCGCUAUCUCGAUCUAAUUAUGAACCCCAAGACCCGAGACACAUUCACUACCAGGCCAAGGGUCAUCAAGUACAUUCGAAAGUACCUUGACGAUGCGGGGUUCUUGGAGGUGGAGACACCCAUCAUCAACAUGAUCGCCGGUGGAGCCACAGCCAAGCCGUUCGAGACGCAUCUCAACGACUACAACAUGGACGUCUUCCUGCGCAUAGCUCCCGAGCUUCCCCUGAAGAUGCUGGUCGUCGGGGGCCUCAAGCGAGUGUACGAGAUUGGUCGUCUGUUCAGAAAUGAGGGUGCCGACUUGACACACAACCCUGAAUUCACAACGUGUGAAUUCUACGAGGCCGGGGCUGAUUUCUACGAUCUUAUGAACCGGACUGAGGAGCUUGUUGAGGGAAUGGUCAAGGAACUCACAGGCGGCACCAAGACCACCUUUACCACACAACACGGCGAGACGUACGAUGUAGAGUGGAAGCGCCCAUGGCGACGAGUUUCCAUGAUUGAGGAACUUGAGAAGGCAACGGGGGAGAAGUUCCCUCCGGCAGACCAGUUACACACGGACGAAUCGCAGGAAUUCCUCAAGAAGGUGAUGCAGAAGAUGAACGUCGAUUGCCCGCCGCCGCAGACUACAUCAAGAAUGCUGGACAGACUGACGGGAGAAUUCAUUGAAGAGACGGCCGUCAACCCGACUUUCAUUAUCGAACACCCCAAGAUCAUGUCGCCCCUUGCCAAGGACCACCGCGAGAAGCCGGGCCUGACGGAGCGAUUCGAGGCUUUCGUAUGCAAGAAGGAGAUCGCAAACGCCUACACCGAGUUGAACCAGCCGUUUGAACAGCGAAUGCGCUUCGAGGAGCAGGCACGACAGAAGGCCCAGGGUGACGACGAGGCGCAGAUGAUCGACGAGACCUUCCUCAACGCACUCGAGUACGGUCUGCCGCCAACUGCCGGCUGGGGUCUCGGUAUCGACCGAUUGGUCAUGUUCUUGACCAACAACUACAGCAUCAAGGAAGUCCUGCUGUUCCCAUUCAUGAACCCGGAACACACCGUCAAGAAGCCGGCCGGAGAGGUCACGGAAAUCGCGGAGGCUGGCGCCGAGUCCGCGCCCGCGCAAGGAACUGAAGGCAUUGCCCACAAGUAGGUUUGGUUUGCAUGGCUUAAGGAUGGCCGCAUGCGAACUUCUAAGCCGAGGAUUGGGAUUGUGGGUGUGGACGGAGUAGAGGUUGGAAUUUGAGCAGAUCUUUGUACAAUACCCUAGGGUACAUGUCUUGCUGCUGGG